CACUUUCACGUUCGUCAUAUCUUCCCUACUUGAUUUGCGCCAUUUUCUACUUGCUGGCUGGACUAGCUUCUAAGAAAUAAUUAUUACCAGGAUCACCUAGCUAGCUGUUAUUAGCAGAAUAGUCGACACAGCUGAAUAUCUCUGCAUGAGCAUGGAAGACGAAAGCCAUCCCAAAACUCUAUAUGUUGGUAACCUUUCCAGAGAUGUAACAGAAAUUCUGAUACUCCAACUCUUCACUCAGAUAGGCCCUUGCAAAAGUUGUAAAAUGAUCACUGAGCAACCCGAUAGCAGGAGGAUGAAUUCUUCUGUCGGGUUUUCCGUUUUGCAGCAAACAAGUAACGAUCCGUAUUGUUUUGUGGAGUUCUACGAACAUAGAGACGCUGCUGCUGCUCUUGCAGCAAUGAAUGGGAGGAAAAUAUUAGGAAAGGAAGUGAAGGUCAAUUGGGCCACCACUCCAAGUAGCCAAAAGAAGGACACAUCCAAUCAUUUCCAUGUUUUUGUGGGUGAUCUGAGCCCUGAGAUCACCACGGAGGAUGUCAAAGCCGCAUUCGCACCUUUUGGGAAAAUCUCGGAUGCCCGUGUUGUGAAGGACAUGACUACAGGGAAAUCUAAGGGGUAUGGAUUUGUGUCCUUCUAUAACAAACUGGAUGCUGAAAAUGCCAUAGUGCACAUGGGAGGACAGUGGUUAGGAGGGCGUCAGAUCAGGACUAAUUGGGCCACCCGCAAGCCACCAGCGCCCAAGAGUGUGCCUGAUAAUGGCUCAAAGCAGCUGAGGUUUGAAGAUGUGGUUAAUCUGUCAAGUCCACAGAACUGCACUGUGUAUUGUGGAGGAAUCCAGUCAGGACUAUCAGAACAUCUCAUGCGACAGACAUUCUCGCCCUUUGGUCAGAUAAUGGAAAUCAGAGUUUUCCCAGAGAAAGGUUACUCAUUCAUCAGGUUUUCGUCGCACGAAAGUGCUGCCCAUGCAAUUGUUUCAGUGAAUGGAACAACCAUCGAAGGUCACAUUGUUAAAUGCUACUGGGGCAAAGAAUCUCCUGACAUGUCCAAGAAUGUACAGCAGAUGGAAUAUGGUCAGUGGGGACAGUGGAAUCAAAUGUAUGGGAACCCCCAGCAGUACAGCCAACAGUACGUAACAAAUGGGUGGCAGGUGCCGUCUUAUGGUGUGUACGGCCAGACAUGGAAUCAACAAGGAUUUGGUGUAGAGGACUCCAUUCUGGCAGCAGCCGCACAGAAUAUUUCAAGGCAGUCUCAGUCUCCAGGCUGGAUGGGAGGUUUUGGAUCCCCACAGUCGCAACCCCAGCCUGGUCCUGUGAUGCCCAAUCAGGCCAACUUCAGCAUGACUGGCUACCAGACACAGUGAGCAGGCUCUCACAUCAGUCACAGUCUUUCUGCUCCAGGGAAUCAGUGGACAACCCAUCGUAUGUAAAUCUGGAACCGCCUCCCACCCAGUAAAGAUCAGAGGCAGUGGCUUAUCUCUAAUAUGUGAGGGAAACACAGUUAUUUAUAUGGAUGGGUAGUGUAGAGGGGGUGGGGGGUUUCCUGGCUAAUGUUUUGGCUAGAUUUCAACAAAUCGUAAGUUCAAGAACCUGGACUAACUUAAUGUGUUUUAUAGGAGAGAUCAUCAUGUUUUUGAUGAGUUACGUUUACCACUUAAUGUAGCCUAAAACAGAUUUAAAAGUAUUUGUACCCUCAGUGUGAAAUAGCACUGUAAACAUUUUAGAAACUUUCUUAAAGUGUUUGGUAAAUUAUUUUAAUAAUGAACAAUCGCUCUCCUUCCCAAUUGAGGGUGUUUUAUCAGAUGUAUUAAGGUGCAAUAUGCUUUAUUAAAACAUGUCCCUAUAUGACAUAUGAUGCAAAGUGAGGAAGUCGAUAUUUUUCAUGUUUUCAUCCUCAGAAAACAGGAGCCAAUUGUGAGCUGGAAAAUGCUCUAAUGUGUAAAUUGUUUUUAGUAUAAAGUUUAGUUCAAGCAUUUUGUUCUGCUGAGUGAAUUUUUAAAAAUGUCUCUUUUGGGGUUGAUCUUGUUUUGUAAAUAAUAAGGCAAAUUAUGCCAUCAUGUAUAGCCUAAUAAUCAAUUAGUUGCUUUGCGCUCCUUUUUGACAUGCAAAUACUAGUAUAAUUCUUUAAUCAUCUUAUAUCUACAAAUGUCACUUCUGGGACAGGUCAAGAAGGCCAACUAUGUAUAUAACCCCUGCUGCGUACUGUAUGUAGAAAGAGUUUUUAAGCAUGUGCUCUUUUAUAGAAUAACAAGUUUCACAAACCCAAUGCUGUACAUACUGUACUUUAGGUAGAUUGGUGUAAACAGGCUUAUAAAAUAUGUUCUGUAUGAUUUAUAAUGAAGCCUUAACUUAAGUCAGUUACAGCCACCUUUUUUUUUUCUUUUUUUUUUUUUACCUCAAGCUCUUUAGAAGAUGAGAUUCUAUAUUCCAAUAAGGGUUGUCCCAACUAUGAGGUUGUGUGCCAUUUCCACAUAAUAGCUUGAGAAAAGUGGGUUUUGAGUUUGAAUUGCACGUUUUUGAAAUGUAUUAUCUUGGUUGCUUAAAGCAUUGAAUGUAAUUGGGUAAAUUUGCUUUUAAGAAAGGUGUAGGUAUAUUCUUUUCAAUAAAAAUGGAAAUUGAUCUGAAAUAAAACAAUGAUUUGAAA